AUGCCCGCGUCUACCGACUCGCUCUGCGUCUUCUGCGGCUCCUCGCCUGGCGGAAAGCCAGAGUACAUGGCCGCAGCCGCAGUCGUCGGAAAGGCAAUCGCCGCAAACAACUGGAGACUCGUGUAUGGUGGUGGUUCUAGGGGCUGCAUGAGCGGCGUAUCGCAGGCCGUCAUCGAGGCUGGGGGCAACGUCCUCGGCGUCAUCCCCGCCGUCAUGGUCAACGAGAAGCCACAGGGACACCCGGCCUCGUACGAGCGCCAGCCCGUCUCGGCAGAGGGCCAGGGCCCCGUCGUGCUCGACACCUCGGCCGGCCCCGGAAAGAUGCAGACCGUCGUCGUCAACGGCAUGCACGAGCGCAAGGCCCGCAUGGCCACCGAGAGCAACCUCGGCUUCGUCGCCCUCCCUGGCGGCUACGGCACCUUUGAAGAGGUCAUGGAGAUGGUCACCUGGACCCAGCUCGGCAUCCACAACAAGCCCAUGGUCCUCGUCAACAUCAACGGCUUCUGGUCGCCCAUGCGCCAGCAGGUCGACCUCGCGCACCAGGAGGGCUUCAUCUCCGACGCCGGCAGGCAGCUCAUCCGCUUCGUCGACGUCGAGGCCGCCGACGUCGACAGCUGCGGCCAGCGCGUCGUCGACGAGCGCCCCGGCGGCUACUGGAACUGGGACCGCUCCUCCAAGACGGCGCCCGACUCGAGCCCGCCGGCGCCUGCCAAGCGCUCGCUGCCCCGCCCCGACGACGCCCCCAUGGACGUCGACGAGGUGCUCGCCGUCGACGUGCCCGACCUCACCUUUACCUUCCGCUCCGACCUGCCGCCCGCCCUCGAGCACUGCGACCUCAAGCUGCGCAGGGGCAGCCGCUGCCUCCUCAUCGGGGCCAACGGCGCCGGCAAGUCGACGCUGCUGCGCCUUCUGGCGGGCAAGCGCCUCUGCGACUCCAAGGCGCGCGUGUUUGGCAAGGACGUCUUCCGCGAGUCGCCGUCGGGCAUCACCUACCUCGGCACCGAGUGGGCCAUGAACCCCGUCGUCCGCUCCGACAUUGUCGUCUCGCACUUUCUCAACUCGGUCGGCGGCUACCGCCACAAGGAGAGGCGCGACCGCCUCCUCGACAUCCUCGACGUCGACCUCGACUGGCACAUGCACGCCAUCAGCGACGGCGAGCGCAGGCGCGUCCAGCUCUGCAUGGGGCUCAUGGAGCCUUGGGACCUCCUACUGCUCGACGAGGUCACCGUUGACCUCGACGUCCAGGUGCGCGCCGACCUGCUCGACUUUUUGACCCAGGAGACCAUCGAGCGCAACGCCACCAUCAUCUACGCCACGCACAUCUUUGACGGCCUGCAGAGCUUCCCGACGCACAUCUGCCACAUGCGCAUGGGCACGACGGUGGACAAAGAGCCCAUCGUGUGGCCCCCGACGGGCGCCGACGCCGACGCUCUGCCGCCGACCGACGAGACCGACCAGCACCGCGACCUGUCGCCGCUGCUGAGCAUCUCGCUGGCGUGGCUGCGCAAGGACAAGACGCUGCGCGGCGAAGCCGAGACGGCGCGCGGCAGGAGGCGCGGCGCCCAAAAGGACGCCGAUACCGAUUCGGAGCGCUUUUUCAGCAAGUACGACUACUCCCAGACCGUCAACCGAUAG